AUCUAUGUCCGUGUCAUUCUUGUGACUAUGUUGAUAGGGUCCACUCGUUUCGUCAAAAAACUAGGCGUCUCUCAGAAGAAGGGCGAGGGCAGAAUUCAGUACGCUCAGAGGAGGGACGUUGCAGUAGGUGGUAAGGUAUGCGCUUGAACGAGAAAGGACGUUGAUUUUGCGCGGUUUUUUUUUUGGGGCGCGAUGAAAGCUGGCUGAGGUGAUGGAGGCGAGGGAUGAGGUUGCAGCGAGCUGCCUAGAGGGUCGGUGGCGCGAGCGUAAAUUAGUGUACUUAGAGUCACGAAUGUACAGUGCAAAAAAAAAAAGCGUACAAAGUUUAUGCAUAGAGCGGGAGGGAGGGGGACACGGGAUUUCUGAUGCAGAGCCCGUUUGGCACGGGAGCGCCUGUGUUUGUCGACACAAAGCGUGUAAAAGGGGCACGUGUGCAGAGACGGUGGCGAUGGAAGAUCUUCUGAUAGUUUCUUUUUUCAAGGCGUCUGGUCAAUCUUGGUAUCCUACUUGGUACGAGCGUGACAUCGAGAACUUUCGAGGGAUAGACCUCAUAUCGAGGUUACUGAAGGAUAGAAUUGUGUUCAUCGAUGGACCUAUCAACAAUGCUUCUGCUUCGAUUACCGUUUCACAGUUGCUUCUCUUGGAAGCAGAGGACCCGUCGUCGCAGAUCAGCCUUUACAUAAAUUCCCCUGGGGGCGAGGUGCACGCUGGACUGGCUAUCUACGACACGAUGCAGUAUAUUCAGUCUCCGAUAGUGACUAUUUGUAUUGGGCAGGCGUGCAGCAUGGCCAGUUUGCUGUUGACGGCGGGAACUCCUGGCAUGCGCCGUGCGCUGCCCCAUUCGUACAUCAUGGUUCACCAGCCGUCAUCUGGAACUCAGGGACAGGCGAGCGACAUAGAGAUUCACGCCAAGCACAUUUUGUCUUUGAAGUUGCUGAUCAAUUCUCUAUAUGAGAAGCACACUGGCAUGUCGUUGGAGCAGAUUGAGAGAGCGUUGGACAGGGAUACGUGGCUUACGGCCAGCGAGGCCAGAAGUUGGAAUUUGAUAGAUCAAGUUGUCGACAAGAGGAAGCCGGAGCCUAAAAUUAACGAGGACUUACCCAAAUCUGGGUCGCAGGUGGCUACGGACACCCUUCCGGGUGGUCUUUCUGAUCAGCGUCCUUCGUCAUGAAAGUGUGUUUUUGCGUUCUGAGAAUUUGACAGGCGAAAGAAUUGACAGGCGUAGAGCAGGCGAGGCUCUCAAAGGCAGUCAAGGGCUGCCCCCGACGUUUGCGUUGGCGUGUUCAAUUGGCGUUCAGGGAUGGUUUAGGGUGUUGGUGAGCAGGUAUUUGGCGUUGCGCUAGGGGGUUAAUUUCCUUUUUUAUAUAUAGAGGGAGAGGGUUAUGCGCAAAUGCGUUUGUGUUUUUUGAGUUGUACGGUGAAGUUUCGCUUGCGGCGGCACACGA